AUUCACUGCCCCGGGUAAAGGUGCAUUACCACUAAAUUGGAUGGAUGCACUACCGCAAAGAUUCACUGCCCCGAGUAAAGGAAUCACUGCCCCAGGUAAAGGUGUAUUAGAAGGUGAUUUCUUAUUUUUUUAUAUACAAUUUGGGAAAAAAAAUCAACAGCAAAACAACGACUCCAGUUUUUACUUUAAAAGAACAAGUAAAAAGUCAGAGAAGAAACUUCGACUAAAGAAUCAACUCGCAAAACAUCUCUCACUGAGUGUAAAUAGUACUAGCAAGAAAGAAGUGUGGAUAUACUACCACAAAGGUGCAAGCGAGAAAAGUCAAAGGAAAGGAUAA